CGUCCCACGCAACAGCUGCAACAUCUGUUUACCAGAAUGAACAGCCAGGAGGUGGGGGAAUUACUGGAGGAGUGCCUCAUAGCAGUGGCAUCUCGACAGUCCAGCCAGCCCACUGAGGCAGAGAGGCUGAACCACUGUAGCUGCAGAGACUCGCUGUGUGCAGAACUGGCCUCCCUCCUGCAGGAGGCAAUGGAAAUGAAGUGGCCCUUUGUGCCGGAGAAGUGGCAGUACAAGCAGUCGGUCGGUGCCAAUGACAAGACCAACCUCAGUGACCUCAUCAGCAAUCACCUAACUCAGCUAUUGGCUGUUCUAAAGGCUUCCAUCGUGGCUCAGGAGGCACGCACGGCACUGGCGGUGGUCUUUUUAGUCGACCGCUUCCUCUACUGGACAGACGAGUCCAGCCGACUGCUGAAGAUCACCAAGCUGCUCCACAAACGCCACCCAGACACCUCUGUGGCCCCUCAGCUGGUCAUACGACAGGCCAGAGUCUACAUUAACUCUGGCAAACUACAGAAUGCAGAAUACAUACUGGGCAGUUUGAUUACCAAUAGAGGGGCCACAGGUUCUUGGGUGUACCACUCUGAAAGUGACAGGACUCUUGUGCAGGCAGUUAGUGUUCAAGUGCGUGGAGUGAUUUUGCAGAAGCUAGGCCUGUGGCUCGAGGCAGCAGAGCUUAUCUGGGCCUCUGUGGUUGGCUACUAUGCACUUCCUCAACCUGAUAAAAAGGGCAUUGGAUCCUCUCUGGAUAUACUGGCCAACAUAUUGGUGUCUAUGAAUGAGGAUGAUUACAAUGCUUUUAGGACUAAUCCAGAUAUUGAUUUGUCUCUACUUGGGGACUGGAGUCAUCGUCUUCUUUCAGCAGCCCAGGCAGCUAAGAUGGCGGUGAUAUACACCCAGUUCACUUCACUCUAUGUGUUGACCACUGUGGUAACUCAAGGGACCUGCUUGUUAUCGUACAGUUUCUCAGUGGAGUGCCCUGCCUCUCAAAGGCAGUCUUUCCUCCUGCAGGCUAGAGAGGCAUUUGCAAUCGGCCUGCUCACCAAAGCAGAUGGUGAGCUGGUCACCAGCAAGCAGGAGCUUCUCACCUUCCUGAAGGCUGCCUAUUCUCUCACUGUCACUCACAAAUGGCUUGGCACUCCUACGGAGGUUGUGGCGCAGGCAACUCAAGCUUGCCAAAAAGCUUUAGCAAAUUUCUAUGAUUACUGCAAUGCAGAUACCCAUGACAAAGACAGCCUCUGUGCUGAAAUCAUGCAUCUGGUCGCCCAAGUCAAGCUUCUUUUGCGAGUGGAACCUUUCCAUAAUUCAGACAAGGGGUCUUUUAUUCCCGACAGCUACAGAAACAUCAGAGACACAUUGGUCAAUUUCACUCUGGAAGGUUUCGCCAAGGUGAUGCAGAGAUUCCAAAAGUAUCAUGCAUUACUGUGCGAAACGACCAACACAAACUGUAAGGGGACCAAAGAUGGGGGGAGGUCAUGUAUAACUGCAGUUGGGACAGCCAUCGGUACACUCGGCACAGAAUGUAACACUGAGGCCUGCAAAGUGUCACCCAAAGGAGAGGAGCCACAACAGAGAGGUUCAAAUUCAUCUGCUGUGCACCCACCUCGGAAGUCGGACCUGUGUACCACUCAGGGAAGCACAGAUGAUGGCUCUUCAUGGCAGAACUUCUCCUUGAGUAGUUCAGGGUUUCCUAGGCCCAGCAGCAGCAGCGGCUUCACAGGAAGUAAGGCAGUCGAACGUGAAUCAAAUGCACACAAUCAGAGCUGUCUGACCACUGAGGUUAAUGACGAUAGGUCAGACAGCAUGCUACGAUCCGCUGAUGAAAACAAAAAGCGAGACUUUCAGGGUUGCACCUCUGAUGUCAGUUCUCAAACGGUUCCGAAAGCCGCAAUAGUCGCCACUUCCUCCUCCAAUGCGAGUGGUGAUUCAGAGAAGUUUGAAGUGAUACAAGCUGGAAUAAAGACACAGAGCACUGAGGAUUGGAUGACUGACGAUGGUGUGGCGCUGAAACCGUCAGUAGCUGAAGGAGCAGCACAAUCCUUAUCCAAGCUUGCUCUCAGAACAACCUCCAGCUCGCUUAGUGACAGUUUCAGUUCCAAGUCGUCAUGGGAGAAAAUUUCAGCUGACCUGAACUCCCCCACAAACGGAAAACCUCAGCCAAGCUGUCUUUCAAAAUCAGGAACCGGCCAAAGCAGAUGGUCACCAGGGUCUGAUGGGAGUUUCUUGCUCUUCGAAACUCUUGAUUCUAAAAGCAAUGAUUCAGCACAUGAUCCCACACACAAAAAACAAACAUCGGGAUGGAAAUUCAGACCUCUGGAGAGCCUUAAUGUUGACCCAAAAAUUGUGUGUGCGUCCACUGAAAUCUCCCCAGAGAGCUCAUUUGAGAUGCUGGAGGAUCAUCAAAGUGGACACCAACGCAGUGAAGUUCUUCCUUCAGAAAACAUGACUGUACCUCAGAUGACGAACCCCUUGUGCUACAGCUGCCUUCAGCACAGCACCGCAGCUGGUGUCGUCCCUGAGAGUCAGUAUUUGUUGUCGCAGCAGGAUUACCAAGCCCUACUGGCUGGAGUAUGCAAUGAAUGUCUGCUUAAGAGACUUCACAGUGACAAGACACAAUUCAAACCCAAGACACAGAGAACUGCCCACAGUGCUCUUCAUUUAAAGUUCUCCAAAGCCACAGGGCUGUGGACAGCCAGGGAGACGUGCGUUUACAUCGGGGAGCCGAUGGGGAUGAAAGGCACGCAGAGAACGACGAUAUGGGUGCAGUUUUUACACCAGGAGGAAAAGCUAAGCAGUUAUGUGGGCAAAGAUUACUUGAAGCCAAAGGAGAUCCAGUUUCACCUGAAAGAUGUGGAGCGACAGAUGACGGCCCAGUACUAUGUGACUGAAUUCAACAAGAGUCUUUACGACAAGGAAGUCAUGGCUCAGAUCUUCUUCAUUCCCUCGGAAGCGCUACUGAUCCUGAAUGGAAAUGAGAUUGUGGGCUGUCUAACAGUGGAGCCCUACAUGCUUGGAGACUUUGUCAAACUGACCAACAACACUGGAAUUAAGGAUAAGAGUUUCCAGGCUACAGAAUACGGCCUCGCCUUUGGACAUUUUACCUACCUGCUCUCUGGCUGCCAGGAAGUUGUUGUAGACCUGCAAGGGUGGGUGACAGCCAAUGGCAAAGGGCUGACCUACCUCACUGACCCCCAGAUUCACUCCACCAAGAUCCCCAAAGGCCCCUCCAAUUUUGCUGCCAGAGGCCUCAGGUACUUCCUGGAAGAGCAACAUGGACUGGAGUGUAAUGGCAUUUGCCAGCUGCUCAAACUACCUCCAGUUGUCAGACAGCCACAUGCUUUGCCUCAGACACUUUGAGGAGUUGCCCCGAUGUGGAGUUUCUGUGUAUGAGUGUGUGUGUAUUCCCAAUUAGGGGAAAUUGUAUAUAUAUAUAUAUAUAUAUAUAUAUCUUUUUUAUCUUAUAAAACAUGAGUAACAUGCCAUGGAUGCAAGUUUCUGAAACUUACAGGUUUACAUAAUUUAGCCAAAUUGACCCCAGUUUCAAUUAUUACAACUGAUAUCAAUGAUGUAUUUUUAGCUACGUGGUUCUGAUAACCUUAGACACACUACAUCAGGGGGUUAAACACAGCGUUGCCAGAUGUACGAUAAUUAUUGUAUUUGUUCCAUCAUUUUGCCCUCAAAAUGCGAUCAAUAAAAAGUUCCAUAAUGUAAGUACACAUUUAAAUUAUGAACAUAUCUGGUGAUUAUUUCUCCACAGGGUUAAAACUUGGACUCACUUUUCGGAUUGGUCAAGUGCCUGCAAAAGCUGAAUCAUAAGCCAAAACAAAAUCGUACAUUUUGUUCACAAAAACUUCCAAAAAUAACAUAUGAUUUACUGCCACAGCUAAAUUGUACUUCAGUGUGGUUUCAAUUGUAAUGAAUAAUAAAAAAAAAGAAUACAAUGUU